AUGCUCCAGACACGACCUUCAUCUGCUUCGAACCUUCAGUCAUCGUCAACACCGCAAUUCUCUAUGGCGCAGCCCCACCGCAAUAGCGUUCAUGGUGGCCCUGGUGGUAUGACCCCGUACCGGAACUCGGGGCCCAUCAAGCCAUACGCAUUCACCAGCACGCCGAGUCUUAACGUGACAGGGCAAUGGCAGCAAUCUGGUGCCGCAAGACCUUCGGGAUCGAAUCUUUCUACGUUGCGAGUUAGUGAGCCGAGCACUGGGGCCGCGAAGCCCAAUCCUCCUGCGUCUUCGAACACCACGACGAGCGUGGGGCUGGCGGGCUCUCGGGACGACCUGUCCAUUCCCCAACCGCGAUUGAUCACCCCAGCUCCACGACCCCAAUCGGCCUAUAUGGCGAGCACAUCCACACAAGUUUCCUUUGCACAGGCAAGCCCGGUUCGUCCGUCUCCUGAACGGUAUCGCCGACCUGCCGCCAAUCAGCCCUCUCGCACAUACAACUCAGCCCCGCCAUCGGGAUCUGGGAUGAGCGCCGUUAGCCAUCUGUAUACGCCGCCUGCUCUCCCACCAGUAGCGAGCAGAAACUCUUUGCCACCUGGAAUUAGACCAAGCACAACAUCGGGCUCACCUGCGGAUGAUGGACAGCUGUAUCGAGAACGGCCCAAGGAAGACAAGAGGUUGCGGCGGCGAAGCAUGCACACGCUCGAUUCUGCCGAUUACCCCAAUCCGUUAACCCCACAAUUGUUCAAGCGGCCGGGUGAAAUGGGUCGCGUAGACCCGUCAACAACAGCGGCAGGGGAUUCAAGCAAGACCCUUCGCCUCGUACCCCCUGCUAACGAUGCCCUAAAAAUUCAAAAUAAUAGCUCGGAAAGUCUUGUUUCCAGCCGCAGUAGCCAUUCUCGUCCCCCUUCGCAACCUACCAACCGCAGUACACCCUCUCCAACCGGACCCCCAUCAUCGAGCCACUCGAGUGCGGAUGACACCGCUCGACAAGACACCCUGAAACGACCUUCUCCUGAUGGGGGAAAGCGAAUUCACACCUCGUCACCUCUUUCACAGCCGGCAUCCAUGGCGAGCGACGAAACAAACAAUGAGGGUCAGGCCUCCGUAUCAAAGCAACCCGCCCCUGCGGCUCCUUCGUCUACCAGCAACGGCGAAAGCCCGGCGGCGAAAAGGCUGGCUGCCAUUAAUAUGAAGUCGAGGAGCAAGACAUCCAGGUUACGCCGUGCUUUCUCGUUCGGAAGCGCGGCCGAAUUCAAGUCGAUUACGGGUAUCGAGUCGAUAGCCGAAGAUGAGAAGCUUGAACCAUCGAAGCUACACAAGGAGCCGACGCCUGGCGAGCUUUAUGAUGCUGAGCAGGCUCGAAUCGCCAAGAAGCAAGAGGAGGGAGGCCUAGGAACCAGCAUUUACGGCACACGCCUGUUCUCAGGAUCCACUGACAACCUGUCAAUUUCAUCAACGGCCUCAUCGGCUUCGAUUAUGAUUCGAAAGAUGGGCCGAGGGAUGAAGAAGGGCACGCGAUCUUUGGUUGGCCUAUUCAGGCCCAAAUCAAUUGUCGGAGCGCCAGCGGUCGACAAUCUCGUGCCACCCGAGGCUGGCCAGACGACCGUGUCGAUGGUGACGGUUGAAGCAGAGCGGGAGCGAGUAAAUAUUAAUGUCGACCCUCAUGCGCAGCCUGGUGGUGGGACUGGGUUCCCGCGCCUGGAGCGUAACUCGCUCGACGCGGCCAAGGCUCCAAGCAUGGUCUCUGAGCGGGCAGGUAGCUCCGGAACGGACGGAUCGGCCCCUCGCAAGAGCAUCGUGGGUGGCGACCGGGAGCGUGCCGAAGUGCUGGCAGCGGUUAGGAAAGGCAUCCUGAAGAAACGCAACACAUCCCCUACUGGGCGGCCGGGAGAAAGGGACGGUCUUGGAGAUCUCCCUGGCGUCCCCCCCAUCACGGACUCGCCCAAUUCGAGUGCGCCGAGCACACCCAACGAUGAGGCGAUGCACGGACAUCGACGAAGCGAGUCGAUUGCUAUCGGCAGCGAGGACUACUUUGUUAGUGCCUUGAGACUUCGGCAAGACAGUAAGAGCGGCUCUGGCACUCCGUCAAGCACAACGAAGAGGAGCGCGACAUUCUCUCCUCGUAUUGUCUUCUACGAUACAUGGCCAAGUCAAGAGUACGAUCGCCGGGGCGAAAUCGCCACGUGCAACCGACUUACUCCCAUGCUCGCUCAGCAGAUCAAGGAGGAGUUGAACUCGUUUAAGAUGGAAAUGGAGGUCCAUGAAAACUCGAAGAUUUACACACACUUUUUCUAA